AUGGAAGUAAGAAUUUCGCUAAUAGUUGUAAUAGCGGCCGUGAGUGGCUUCGUAACCUCUGCAAAUGGAAAGCCGAUUGCUUCAGUGUCGGUUGACCCUGAAUUACAACCUGCGAGAGAGUCAGAACUCUUGGUAAGUGAAUGAAUAUGUUUAUCCUAAAUUCAAUUAUUCCCCUUGAAAAGAUGUAUGAUUUCGAAUCGAUCUGAACUGAUUUCGUUCGAUUAGAUAUACAAUCUACAAUGCUCUGUUUGUAUAGUUAUACUAGCGUAAAGUUGCCUUUGGUAAAAAUUUCCGGCACAGCAGAUAUCAUUAUUUCUUAGCACAGUUGGCGUGUUUAUUCUGCUCGGAUGUGCUUCUUUUAAAAUUAUCGAAACAGUAGUGUGCGUCAGUGAAGUUAACAUUUCGCUUUAGAAAAUGUUUUCUCAGCUCAACGACCCGUGAAAAAUUACAUUGUGAAUGAAGUGGAUGACAGCUUCAAUUCAUUGAUCAAUCAUCAGUGAAGUACAUACCGCAGCCAGGAUUAAUUGAAUGACUUCUUUCCAACAGUUCUAUUCGAGUCCUCACGGAAUUAUUAAAUUUGCUCUUCGAUCUCGCUUCCACAACUUUUCAACUUAAAAUCAAAGAAGCUAUCCACAUUCAAUGGGAGAAACUUUCACCUAAUCAUCAACUUUAUCAUGUUGAUUUAAAACUUUCCUUGUAAAUGCAUGCAUUGCUCUGUUACUAUUGUUUGUUUUGUCCAAUCAGCAUUUUGUUACACACUUAAAUUCAACUUUGUAUUAUUCAGAACUAAAGAUGACAGAAGAACUGUCGAAAUACGUUUUCAAAAAGUGUCGUUCAUUUUCUUAAACUCUAAAACUAGGAGUACAGUCAAGCUUGGAAAGCUUAGAAGCAUAAAGAAUGCCUUUGUGUUAAAAGCUACCUUCUGUAAAUUUAAGUUAAUGUUUUUUUUUGCUUUUUUUGACCGGAUUUAAUAACUUCACCAUCACACCUGCUGAAAUAAUACAUGCUUUUUCUUGGAGACUAAAUUACGCGCGGUUGGUCAAUAUAGGAAAUUGGCCACUCGAUCGCAGCCCUAAAGCCCACUUAAAAAACCGAACAAUCAUAUGUAAGAAUGGUUUUUCCUUUGCUCGGUCGCUCAACGGUAUUGUAUCUGAAUCGCGAAACAACGCACACUAACUCUCCAAGUGUUUUUUUUGUUGAUAGGAUUAUCUUAUUAAGUAUGGCUACCUCAGCAGCCCCAAUCACAGAAUCGGAAAAGUGACCACAAUGGAAGACUUCAGAGCGGCCGUUAAGAAAAUGCAGCGUUUUGCUGGUUACAAGGAGACUGGCGACAUCUCCGACGCUAGGACAUUAGCGCUUGUGAAACGAAAGAGAUGUGGAUUGGCAGACUUAGGACCGUCGGACAACGCGAAGAGAAAAAGGCGAUGGGCUCAUCAGGGAACAUCCUGGAAGAAAAACGUAAGUUAUUUUCUAGAAGCUUUGUUUCAGUCCUUCGCGAGUAUUUCCAGCGUAGGUGGUUUCGGUGACUUCAACGCGGAUUUUCUAGUCUUAAUGCUCUUUUUAGCUGUAGGAAUUUGAUUUAACAUAGAAUGGACCAGAUUCGGUUUAAAUGAUGGUUCAAGCCGACGGGCGCGCGAAGGGCGCGCCUUACGACGCGCGUAGCGAGCAAGGAGGGUGAUCCUCGCAAGUGAAGGGAUGGACGCGCGAGGAGAGAACUUUAAAGCGCUCGCCGUUUUGGAAUCAAGCAGUCAAUUAAUGGAUCGAUUAUCCUUCUUUUAACAGUUUCUUACUUACCGGCUCGAAAAUCAUACACCAGACAUCGCCAAAGAAGACGUAGACAAAACAAUUGCUAAAGCCAUUGAAAUGUGGUCGAACGCGAGCGGUCUAACAAUCAAGCGUGAAGACGACCCUGAGGCGACACCUGAUAUAAAAUUAAGUUUUGUGGAAGGUUUCCAUGGCGAUACCCGGCCAGCCGAUGGGCCUGGGGGGGAGCUUGCUCAUGCAUUCUUUCCUCUGGGAGGAAAAGGAGAGGAAGAUCUCGCUGGCGAUGUUCAUUUUGAUGAUGAAGACAAGUUUGCUAUCAACGAUGGUGCUGGAGUUGACUUGCUGUGGCUCUCCGUGCAUGAACUGGGUCAUAGUCUUGGACUGGAUCACACUUAUCAUCCCGCAUCUGUCAUGUUUGCUUAUUAUCCGGGAUACGUGGAGAAGCUGAAACUAGACAGUGAUGACGUAGCUGGAAUCCAGGCUCUUUACGGUAAGAAAGAAAUAACAUCCAAAACUUUCCUCAAAACUUUUGAUGCUUUGAACAAUUUUACGAUAAGGCUUCAUUUUCCUCUGGAAGUGAACUAUCUGUUAUUUCUAUAAAUAAGCAAUGAAGUUCCCUCAUCGGACAUUCGACCUCAUCUUAGUUAUUUCGCCUUUAUUUUUUCACAGGUCUUCCAGAUGUGGUCGCGCCUCAACCAGACCCAACGCCUAAGACUUGCAGUGACGUCAAACUUGAUGCCAUGGUAACUACAGCUGAUAAGAAAACCUACGCCUUCAAUGGCCAACAUUUCUGGGAAAUCAGAGACACGGGUGGUGCCUCUGGCCCUCAUGAAAUCAAAGCUCAUUGGCCCGAUCUGGAAGAAAACAUCGAUGCAGCUUACACAGUGCAAGAACCCUUUGGACACACCAUUUUCCUCAAGGAUUCUAGGUAAUUACUCCGAAACGUUUUUUGAACUUAUUUAACUGUUUGUGUUCUGGUUUCUGUCAAGAGCAUAUGUAUCACAUCUAUAAUACUCCGAAAGUUUACGCUGGACAAUCUAAUUGGUCUGUUGUUUUUUCUAACAUUAUUUUAUUAGAUUCUGGGUAUACAGCAACAAAGAAUAUAUUUAUGGUCCGGCCCAAAUCUCGCAACUUAAUCUUCCCGAUGAGCUUGCCAAUGUGGACGCUGCAUUCCAGUGGGUACGAAAUGGAAAAAUCUACUUCUUUAAGGGCUCAAGAUACUGGAGAUUUAGCAGCACAUCUGGUAGUCUACAAAUGGAUGCUGGAUACCCCAGGGAUAUAUCUGUGUGGAGAGGGGUUCCCUACGAUAUCAAUGCGGUAUUCCAAUGGAAGAACGGCAGGUCAUAUUUCUUCAAAGGAAACAAAUACUACGCUUACGACGAUGCAAGAGUGCAGCUCCUGGAGGAUAAUGAGAACCCUUAUCCCAGAGAUGUAGCGUCUAACUGGAUGGGAUGUGUCCGACCGGAAGUCGCAAUUAGACCGGUGGGGGCUGCUUUUGGUCUGGUGCCAAAUGUACUCCUCUUCAUGGCAUCUUUACUCAUAACAUGGUUGUUUUAAGUCAAACGCCCUAGAAUUAAAUUAAAAAAGAGACGAGCCUUAAUUUAAAAUUGAACACUACUUUGGCACGCGUCGAAGUAAAGAUGGCAGAACUCAUGAAAGGAGUCAUAAAUAGAGGCAGAAAAUGAAUUCAACUCUUACAAAGGUUGUUUAUAUAAAUAGUACAAUGUACAGUUAUAUGUUAGUUCCUAAUGGAACAAUUUCAGUUUUAAGCGUUUCAAACCAAAAUAUUUAUUUAAGUUAUUCUUGUGAAUAUAAUUUAUUUGAUGCAAAUAUGUUCAUGUCGAGACAAAAGUUCAUUAAGAGCUGAUAAAGCUCAAACAAAAUAAACAUUGAAG